UUAUCCAAGAAGGUUCUCUACUUUCUCUGCUUCCUAGAAACUACCGGGGCCUUGAAUUGGUAGUACUGAGGAGCAUAUGAUUCAAAUUGAUACAAACACUUCAAACGUUAACACUAUCAACAAAGAACAGCAUCCACUUCAGGUAAAAAUAUCCCAAGCCAAGCAAAGCUUCGAUCGUUUCAUACCAGACAUUUCCACAAACAGCCAUGCCUUCCGAAACAGACCACCUCUCUCACUUCUUCAAAUCAGAAAGAAAUCUCGUGGAAAAAAUAGUCAAUAUCAUAUUAGAAUACAGCAAACUCCGCGACACAGUCAAAGCCAGAGAUUUGUCAUUGCAAGCCUCGCAAACGCAAAUAUCACAGCUUGAGGAAGAAACGCUGUGCUUGAGAAGAGUGCUAAUAGAUUGGCGAAAUAUGAAGGGCAAGCAUCUUAAGGAUCCAAUUCAGGAUUAGAAGCGGUGGAAGAAAUGAUUAAUGGGAUAGAAUUUAUGAAAAAUGCUUAGAAUGCUCAUAGAGAAAGAGCGGACGGGGCGGAGAAAGCAUUGAAAAGUGCUUUGGAUUCUUAAAGGUAUAGGGCGAAUGCGGCAGAGAGAGCAUCGAGCAGGGAUUGUGCCACUCAUAGCAUAGCGGAGGUUGACCACAUAAUGUAAAGUGUGACAAAGGUUGACAGGAGUUGUGAGUGGAGAUCGUGAAAUGGUUGUCUAUCAGGUUUUGAACGAGACGCUCUGAACUUUGUGUGGAAGCAAGACACUUUAGCUUGAGCCAGGAGGAUUUGAGAGUGCUAAAUAGGAUCGAAUCGUACUUCCUGAUCAACCUCGUCAAUUUGACUUC